AUGACGCUCUCCAAUGACCGAGAGAAAAUAUGCAAUGAGCUCAUCCCUGCUGUGGCCUGCUGUGAAUAUUGGGCUUCUGCAGAAAUAACGGUGGAGCUUCAACUCCAGGACGCGCUGUGCGUUCCUUUUCCAAAGAUCAACAUGAUGUCUGCCAUAGACACGGGUACCGCUGUGUACCAACCAGCACAACUACUGAACUGGCUCUAUACGUCCCUCCAUGACACCCACCAGACCAAUGCCUUCGAUGCGUUCAGACCGGAAUCCCAGAGUUCUCCACCCGACCUGAACAACUACAAACAGCCGUGCGCUGCUGCUGUCGACCUGAGCACUGCGCUCAACUCCAACCAUCUCAACAACUUCUUGCAACUUCAGAGGAAUGAGGCCUUAAACAACAACUUGUAUAAAAUCUCCACUCCCUACGGCUCGCUCAACAACAUCAUAGACGGCCUGAGUUCUCUGACAGACCCCUUCUCUGACCUCUCCCUCUCCUCUGAGCCACGCAAACCCAGCAAGCGACCGCCGCCCAACUACCUGUGCCAUCUCUGCUUCAACAAAGGACACUACAUCAAAGACUGCCCACAGGCUCGGCCUAAAGGGGAAGGCCUGACCCCGUAUCAGGGCAAGAAGAGGUGUUUCGGGGAAUACAAGUGCCCUAAAUGCAAGAGGAAGUGGAUGAGCGGGAACUCCUGGGCCAACAUGGGACAAGAAUGUAUGAAGUGCCACAUCAACGUUUACCCUCAGAAGCAGAGACCUCUGGAGAAGCCUGAUGGUUUAGAUGUUUCGGACCAGAACAAGGAACAUCCACAGCAUCUGUGUGAAAAAUGCAAAGUCCUCGGCUACUACUGUCGUCGCGUUCAAUAAUAACCUGCCGUUACCUGUUCAUGGAGUUGCCCCCUAGACAGAUCAAUAAUAACCUGCCGUUACCUGUUCAUGGAGUUGCCCCCUAGACAGAUCAAUAAUAACCUGCCGUUACCUGUUCAUGGAGUUGCCCCCUAGACAGAUCAAUAAUAACCUGCCGUUACCUGUUCAUGGAGUUGCCCCCCUAGACAGAUCAAUAAUAACCUGCCGUUACCUGUUCAUGGAGUUGCCCCCUAGACAGAUCAAUAAUAACCUGCCGUUACCUGUUCAUGGAGUUGCCCCCUAGACAGAUCAAUAAUAACCUGCCGUUACCUGUUCAUGGAGUUGCCCCCUAGACAGAUCAAUAAUAACCUGCCGUUACCUGUUCAUGGAGUUGCCCCCUAGACAGAUCAAUAAUAACCUGCCGUUACCUGUUCAUGGAGUUGCCCCCUAGACAGAUCAAUAAUAACCUGCCGUUACCUGUUCAUGGAGUUGCCCCCUAGACAGAUCAAUAAUAACCUGCCGUUACCUGUUCAUGGAGUUGCCCCCUAGACAGAUCAAUAAUAACCUGCCGUUACCUGUUCAUGGAGUUGCCCCCUAGACAGAUCAAUAAUAACCUGCCGUUACCUGUUCAUGGAGUUGCCCCCUAGACAGAUCAAUAAUAACCUGCCGUUACCUGUUCAUGGAGUUGCCCCCUAGACAGAUCAAUAAUAACCUGCCGUUACCUGUUCAUGGAGUUGCCCCCUAGACAGAUCAAUAAUAACCUGCCGUUACCUGUUCAUGGAGUUGCCCCCUAGACAGAUCAAUAAUAACCUGCCGUUACCUGUUCAUGGAGUUGCCCCCUAGACAGAUCAAUAAUAACCUGCCGUUACCUGUUCAUGGAGUUGCCCCCUAGACAGAUCAAUAAUAACCUGCCGUUACCUGUUCAUGGAGUUGCCCCCUAGACAGAUCAAUAAUAACCUGCCGUUACCUGUUCAUGGAGUUGCCCCCUAGACAGAUCAAUAAUAACCUGCCGUUACCUGUUCAUGGAGUUGCCCCCUAGACAGAUCAAUAAUAACCUGCCGUUACCUGUUCAUGGAGUUGCCCCCUAGACAGAUCAAUAAUAACCUGCCGUUACCUGUUCAUGGAGUUGCCCCCUAGACAGAUCAAUAAUAACCUGCCGUUACCUGUUCAUGGAGUUGCCCCCUAGACACU